ACUGGACUCUGAAAUGGGAAGGAGAAGUGGGGAGGACAGCCCAACAUCCCUCAAGUUUAGAGUGGGGAGGACACAACCUCUGCUGGCACAGGGAAAAGAGGAAUGCGGAGACCCUGAGGAUGCUUUUGGACAAUGCUCAGAGGUUGGGACAUUGCCAGGAGAUACCGUUCACCCCAGAUCUCCAAGAAAAGAGAUCAGUCUGGCAGUUACAUGUGUUUUUCUUCAAACUGGUUGCCAGGUUGGAACGACCGAUGACAUCAUAGAUUCCGACUCUCCUGAUUGGAAGGACCGGACUCUGGGUGCUUGGGAGCUCAGGUGGACAACAGCAACUUCUCAGAACUGCUCUUCACUCCUAACUUCUCCCGAGCCUCCAGAAGAGAAACGCGCUCUUCUGGGUCCUAACGGAGUCUGGAAGAAGGCUUUGGACAGAACAGGGACUAGGUUCUGUGGACAGAAACAAAGCGUUUGAGAGAGAUUAUGGCCAGUGGUCAAGCGCACCCCCCAUUUGAGGAGGAGAGCCCCCAGCCUAGCACAUCAGUGCGGUCCCCCGAGGUGGUGGUGGAUGAUGAAGUGCCAGGACCAUCAGCCCCUUGGGUAGAUCCCAGCCCCCAGCCUCAAUCCCUUGGCCUGAAAAGGAAGAUGGAAUGGUCAGACGAAUCCGAGGAGGAGCUGGAGGAGGAGCUGGAGUUGGAGCGCGCCCCUGAGCCCGAGGACACCUGGGUGGCGGAGACGCUGUGUGGGCUCAAGAUGAAGCUGAAGCGAAAGCGAGCAUCCUCCGUGCUCCCUGAGCACCACGAGGCCUUCAACAGGCUGCUUGGGGAUCCUGUCGUUCAAAAAUUCCUGGCCUGGGACAAAAACCUGAGGGUGUCAGACAAGUAUCUCCUGGCUAUGGUCAUAGCGUAUUUUAGCCGUGCCGGCCUCUUCUCAUGGCAAUACCAACGCAUCCAUUUCUUCCUGGCUCUCUACCUGGCCAGUGACAUGGAGGAGGACAACCAGGCCCCCAAACAAGACAUCUUCUCCUUCCUCUACGGGAAGAACUACUCCCAGCGACCCUUGUUCCAUAAGCUUCGAUACCAGCUCCUCUGUUCCAUGCGCUGGAGGACGUGGGUUUCCCCCGAGGAGAUGGAGGAGAUCCAGGCUUAUGACCCAGAGCACUGGGUGUGGGCCCGAGAACGCACCCUCAUUUCCUAGAGCUCUGGGGACAUGGAGGCCUGAGGUCAUCGGCCUGAGAGAAGAACACUGGGCCCAGGGGAGAUGGGAAUUUUCAGCAGGAAGUUGAUCGCGACGCUAAUGCCAGACACCAGGAAGGGAUAGAGGAGCCUCCUGUGCAGAUCAUCUAGAAGAAGCUGGACUCUUCUAGAAGGGGCAAAAUACCAUGACCAGGUUUUCCUCCUAGGAGCCAUGGAGGUACUUCUAGGAGUCAGUGGAGGGAAAGUGAGAAACCAGGGGUGUUUCUGGUUCCACCCCUUCCUGCGGCAAAACCUCCCUUUUCACGUUGCUGAAUCCCAGCCUCCCCUGGGCUGGAAGCUGGAGUUCCUGUUUCCUAUGGACUUGGUUGCCACAGUCCAGAGCAUUUGAAGGCACAGAGCAGGCGCUCAGAUUGUCACAGAAUUCUUUGUAAAAUAUGAAAUUACUGCCAUAGGAUUUUAACAGAUAGUUUAAUGGAUACUGUACAUUUUAUUGGUUUAUUUUUCAAAUGUUGGCCAUACAAUUAUUACUAGGUUGAUUUAAAAGAGUCUGGAGUUUUCGUAGUUUUGAAAACAUGCUGUUCCUAUAGAGUUCUCUGAUGGUUGUUAUAUACACAUAAAUACAAUUUAGUGUUCAUUUUUAAGAGAGGAUUCUUUUUAUCGUAAAUGUUUUCUCUUUAAAUCGUUUUAUCUAUUAUUACAUGUGCUCCCGAAGCGAGCACUCUUGUUAUCUAUGAUACUGACCUAAUAUAUCCAUUAUAUGUAUAGCUAGGUGGUAGUUCCCCUACAUUCUUGUAAAUAGAAAUGUUUAUUUUCUGUUUAGUGUUUGUUACUGAAUUGUGAGAAUUCAGUUGUGAUUUUUAACAUGCCUUCCGUAUACACUAACAUGUCCAAUAUAUACUAUACAUUUUGUUUAUUUUGAAAAUGACGGGCGUGGCAUUAUUACUACAUUUAUUUCACUAGUUUAGAAAUACAAGUAUUUUUUAAAUGACACUGUUCUUAUGAAGUUGUGUGAUGGCUGUUACACCUGUUAUAUACAUAUAAAUAUAAUUCUGUUUUCAUUUUCAAGAGAGGAUUUUUUUAUCCUAAAUGUUUUAUUUUUAAAUCUUUUUAUCUGUUAUUACAUGUGCUGCUGAAGGGAGCACUGUCAUUACCUAGUGUAGUUACAUAAUAUAUCUAUUAUAUUUAUAGCUAGGUGGCAUUUCCCAGAAAUUCUUGUAAAAAUAAAUUUUUAUUGGACGUUGAGUGUUUGUUAUUGAAUUGUGAGAAUUCAGACAUAAUUUUUUAGCUUGUAUUGAAAGGUUCGUAUGUUACUUUAAAGAGGACAUGUGUUUGAAAGGAGGACAGGAGCUGUGUGUUUCAAAGAGGACAGUGCAGUGCGCUGCCUGGGAAAAUGCAAUAAAGAUGAAGUUUUCUCAUCUUCAC